AUGAAAAAUCAAGUAGAAAAGGAAGCAGUUAAAAAUUACCCUCCGCCAACAAUUGUCAAUGCAAUUAAAGAGUAUGCUGCUGAGGAGUUUGAUCUUGAAGAUAGUAUAAGGGAAUUUAUAAAGUUAGAUGUUGAAGAAUUCAUUACUUUUUUAAAAAAUAAAGGGUAUCAAGUGGAACAUUAUGAAGUUUUUCAUCAGUCAACUUAUGAAGCUUGUCAUAAAGUAAUCGACCUUGAUAUGAAAAAACGAUCAGAUGCAGAAUAUGCGGCAUUUGAAUUUUGUACUAAACAAAUCUCUGUUAGUGGUAUUGAUGAUGAAAUCCUUACUCAA